AUGGACUCUCAUACAAAUGGAAAGGAAACUAUCUGUUUUCGCCUUGGUCAUAUAAUUCAGCUAACCAGUCAUUUUAAGAAGGCCUUAGACAUGCUACCAACUUCAUACAACAACAGGACAAAACACAAGUACCGCCAUCUGAUCCAAACCUAUGGCACCCACUACAUCAGUCAAGCAGAGGUGGGAGGUGAGGCCUUGGAUGUCACUGCUCUCAGGACAUGUCAGAUAGCCAUGGACGGCAUUUCAGUGGAUGAAUUAAAAGAUUGUCUGGACAUUGAGAUAAAUGCUGCUUUGACAGGGAAAGUAGAAGCUGGGGCCAAAGCAAACUCUUGCAAACAUUUAAAUCAGAACAUGACAAAAGGCGAACGUUUCCAUCAGACCUUCAACGAGAGAAGCUGGCAGGCCUCUAUGAGUGGAAAUAUGAAUUUUGAUCUCCUUUCCUUUGAUGCCAAUAAGGGAGAAAGUGCUCGUCUCUUUAACAAAUGGCUGACGAGUCUUAAAGAAAUUCCUGCUUUGCUUACUUACUCUCUAGAGCCCUUACAUACACUUAUGAAGUCUGAAAGGCCACAGAAAGAGAACCUCAGGAAGGCUAUAACUGAGUAUAUCAUAGAGAAUGCUCUGCAGAAGGACUCUCAGCCCAGUGCAGGUGCGGAGUGUUCUUGUGUUUGCCAUGUAAGUCACCAAAGAGGACAGAACUGCUGUCCAACCAAAAGAGGAUUGGCAAAGCUGAUGUUGACCAUCAAACAUGGCAAUGACAUUUGGGGUGAUUAUAUGAGUAAGACUGAUGCUUAUGUCAAAGUACGUUUUGGUAGUGUAAGGGUUACGACAUCAACCAUAUGGAACAACAAUAACCCUUUCUGGAACUUUUCGGUUGACAUGGGAAUUGUAGAUCUGGCUUCAAUACAUGAGCUGAUGGUUGAGGUUUGGGAUGAGGACAAGAUAAAUAGUGAUGACCUGCUUGGUACAUGCCUCAAUCAUGGGAGUGUGACCUACGCUCAGAAUGUGAUCUGCAUUCCUUAUCUUUCUGGGCCCAAAUGUCAGAACUAUUCCCCUUCCAAAGAAAAAUAA